AUGGUGCGAGCUGGACUUCUGAACCGGGAAUGGACUCUUGGUAUUGAAGGCUGGACUGGACGAGCACUUCUGGAACCUGGUACCCAAAGUCUCACGGCGCGCAGUCUUCAUAAUAACUACCACGUGGAUGUUUUCUGCCUGUCCGAAGUCGGAAUCCCCGACUCAGGCACCCAAGAAAUAAAAAUCCUGGGAGUCGAUUCCCUUUAUCCGCUGCCGCCAAUCGUCAACCGUGGAGAGGUGCUCGCCAAUUUCAAGAUCCUCAGCACCGCGAUUCUCUUUCGAUUAAUAAUCAAACGACCAAUCAGCCCUCUUCGUUGGACGUCGCUGUUCCUCAUACUGAUUGCGGGCAUUGUCAAUGGAAUUUCUAGUUUGGAUCUGAAGGGCGAUUCGACUGCCAGUGUGCUCCACAUCACCCCCAAGGGCAUCUUCAUGAUCAUCAUAUACGUUACUAUUUCGGGUCUAGCUGGUGUCUACACGGAGUACAUAUUGAAGAAUCGUGUGCAAGUGAGUUUGCUUCUCUCCGCCUCACCCAUACCUCGUUUUUGCUCCAAUGGCGUUUACCUAGAGGGAGAGAGAGUGGUUUACCACUUGGGAUUGGGUAUGGCUGGCUGA